AUGGUUUACUUCUCCAUUGUGGCUUUGGCCUUGGCCCUUUGCCAAGUGCACGGCUUCCCGACAGCAACUUCAGAGGCUACCCAAGAAGCCAGCACUCCACUGUUUCUCAAAGUCAUUAACGGCAGUAACGAAAGUUUCGAGCCUUACAAUCCUUUUGAUUAUCAACAAUGGGCACCCGAUGGUUCUCUUUACGCAGAUGUCCCAAUGCUGGAGAAGCAAAUGACAGUGGACGGCCAGCAAGUGACUUAUCAAGAUUUCAACAUCUCUGCCCUCAGUCUAGAGCAAUUCAAAGAGCACUUCAUGGGCCUUCCGCAGUUCGUUGAUGCGGAUGGCAAAUUCGUUCCUUCAGACGAAGAGGUUAAAGCAUACCGGCAUAGCGCUUCUCUUAUUGCGCAUGAAGGAAAUCCCGAUGCUAUUAUACAAGCUCCCGCCCAUGUUGCUAAGCGGGAUUUCCCCGAUGCGUGCUUCUACGACAACAGCGCACGAUGCGCGAGCUAUUGCACCAACCUCAUUUCGCGCGGCGUCCUACAGACACGCAACAACAAUGUAUACGGAUAUUACCAUUAUGUAUCGGAUGCGCAAUGUGGAUCCGGCUCCAUUAGUAAAACAGUGUCAGUGACACAUACUUCUGGUGUUACGAUCGGUGGUUCCGGGAAUAUUCCUGGGUUUGGCAAGGGAUGGACCAAAGCGAUAUCUACAUUCCUCAGCACGUUUAGUCUUUCGGUCUCACACUCUCCAAACUCCGUUACUACUGGCAUUACCUACUCUGGCACUUGUGGUCCUUUCAACGUCUGUUUCCUUUGGGAGCGGCCCCAUUUCCGUGUCGACAAGGGUGUUAUCGUUACGGAGCACAUCGACAUCAACUCAGGAAGAACCUGUUCCCCGCCUACCGUCACUCCUUACGAGGCUCAUAUCAUGCAUGACAACAGCGACCCAGGUGGUGCCAGUGCUCAUGGCAUUUGCUACUCAAUGGGAAAUCACGGAUGUGGCCGCCGAGUAGACGCGUCGUCUACUCUUCUCCGUUGUCCUAAUAACUACUAA